AUGCUUUACGGCCAAAAUUUACCGUGGCGGAUUGCGCUUCGAAAUGUUGCCAUCAAGCAAAAUUCAGAAGUUUCUAGUACAGUUCUGAGGAGGACAAUAAGAUAUCAUCAUGUCGGAAUCGCACAAUCGACGGCCUCGUUACUGUUACGUCCUCUUUCGAUUCAUUCAUCUCUUGGUGGCGUGGCGAGAUUUUCAACUUCUGCUUCUCGAUGGAAAGAUGUUCCGAAGGAUUUGUUUGAUCAAGUGGAAAUAACGGGGGCGGAAGAUAAGAAGGAGAAGGAGAAGGAGAAAGAGAAAAAGCCAAAGACAAAGACUGAAUCGGUUGAGGAGGUCGCCGCCGAGAAUGAAGUAGAAAACAAGAGCAAGACGGUAGAAGCAUCAUCAUCUGGUAGCAACACUUCUGCGGUUACAAUUGAUGCAAAAGGAAGCAGUGCUGCAGGCGGAGGCGAUUCUGGUAGUGGCGAUGGCGGAAAGAAGGGUCGCAAAGGAGCUUCCGAAAAGGCAUUGCAGAAGGCAAUGGUUCCAGAGGUAUAUCCACAGGUCAUGGCAAUCCCAAUUACUAAACGACCUCUGUUUCCUGGAUUCUACAAAGCUGUCACCGUUCGAGAUCCAAAUGUUGUAGCCGCUAUACAGGAUAUGAUGAAGAGGGGUCAGCCAUACAUUGGAGCUUUCCUUUUCAAGGACGACAAUAUGGAUAAAGAUGUUAUUGAGAACAUAGAUGAUGUACAUGAUGUUGGAGUUUUCGCACAAAUUACUAGUGCUUUCCCUGUUCAUGGGGAUGAUUCGGCUUUGACUGCGGUGUUGUAUCCACAUCGUCGAAUUAGGAUGUCUGCUCUGAUCAGCCCGGAGCGUGAGGGCGUUGAUGUCAAAAAGACUGAAAGCACCGAAGCUGAACCACCGGUCCCUGAAAUCAUACUCGCGAAGUCUACCAAGGAGGAAACAUCUGACAAGAAGGGUGAUGUCGUAGCCAGUUUUGAAGAAGGCUCGGAUGCGCAGAAGAAUGCGGACCGACCUGCAUUGCCCUACGAGCCAAUAUCGUUCUUGAAAAAGUAUUCCGUCAGUUUGGCAAACGUGGACAAUCUGAUUGAAGAGUCAUAUGAUCCUAAGAGCCCCAUAAUCCGUGCUGUCACAAAUGAAAUUGUAAAUGUCUUUAAGGAAGUGGCAACCCUCAACAGCCUCUUCCGAGAUCAAAUUUCUACAUUUUCCAUGAGUCAAUCAUCGGGCAAUGUAAUGUCAGAGCCCGGGAAACUUGCGGAUUUUGCUGCUGCGGUCUCUGCCGGUGAAGUUUCCGAGCUUCAAGAUGUACUUGAGACUCUCAAUAUCGAAGAGAGAUUACAAAAGGGUUUGACCGUCUUGAAGAAGGAGUUAAUGAAUGCUCAGCUGCAAUCCAAAAUUUCAAAGGAUGUUGAGAACAAGAUACAGAAGCGUCAACGCGAAUACUACUUGAUGGAACAAUUGAAGGGAAUCCGAAGGGAACUUGGCAUUGAAUCUGAUGGCAAGGACAAGCUAGUUGAGAAAUUUAAGGAGAAGGCUGCGAAGCUUGCGAUGCCGGAGGCAGUCACGAAAGUCUUCGAGGAGGAAAUUAACAAGCUAGCACACCUCGAACCAGCUGCGUCCGAGUUCAAUGUCACGAGAAAUUAUUUGGAUUGGUUGACACAAAUUCCUUGGGGUCAGCGUAGUGCAGAAAACUUCGGAAUCAACAAUGCCAUGACUGUGCUUGACGAAGAUCACCAUGGUUUGAAGGAUGUGAAAGAUCGUAUCUUAGAAUUCAUCGCGGUCGGAAAACUAAGAGGCACUGUGGAAGGCAAAAUAUUAUGUUUUGUUGGUCCUCCUGGUGUUGGUAAGACAAGUAUUGGUAAGAGUAUUGCCAGAGCUCUCAACCGCCAAUACUACAGAUUCAGUGUUGGAGGUCUUACAGAUGUUGCCGAAAUUAAGGGGCACAGGAGGACAUAUGUUGGAGCACUUCCUGGACGAAUUGUACAGGCGCUGAAGAAAUGCCAAACGGAAAAUCCAUUGAUAUUGAUUGAUGAGAUUGAUAAGAUUGGAAGAGGCCAUCAAGGUGAUCCAGCAUCUGCACUCUUGGAAUUACUGGAUCCGGAACAAAACACAUCUUUCCUCGACCACUAUCUUGAUGUCCCUGUUGAUCUCUCUAAAGUUCUGUUCGUCUGCACUGCCAAUAUGACCGAUACCAUUCCUCGACCUUUACUCGACCGCAUGGAAAUGAUUGAGUUGUCUGGAUAUGUUGCGGAUGAAAAGAUGGCCAUCGCGGAGCGCUAUCUUGGACCCGCGGCCAAGGAAUUGGCCGGAUUGAAGGAGGUUGACGUCAACCUUAGCAAAGAAGCCAUUGAGGAGCUCAUCAAGUCUUACUGCCGAGAGUCUGGUGUUAGAAACCUCAAGAAGCAAAUUGAAAAGGUUUACCGCAAAUCUGCUUUGAAGAUUGUUCAGGAUCUUGGAGAGAGUGUUCUCCCUGAAGAGGAGGCUUUGACCGAAGAAAGCAAGGCAGCUUUGGAGGAAUCCAAGAAAGACCAAACGGACAUCAAGGAAACAUCUGAAGCUAUUGAAAAGGAAACUACCGCAGUACCUAGAGUUGCGGUCAAGGUUCCUGAUGAUGUGCAUGUCACAAUUGGUAAGCACAAUCUUAAAGAUUACGUAGGUCCGCCUGUUUUCACCUCAGAUCGUCUAUAUGAUGUCACUCCUCCUGGAGUCGCAAUGGGUUUAGCCUGGACACAAAUGGGCGGUGCUGCAUUAUAUGUUGAAUCAAUCCUCGAAAGUGCUCUAAAAUCAUCAUCCACUCCCGGUCUCGCCACAACCGGUAAUCUCCAAGCCGUAAUGAAAGAAUCAACCACCAUCGCCUACUCCUUCGCCAAAUCCGUCAUGGCGAAGAAUUUCCCCGAGAAUCAAUUCUUCGAUAAAGCAAAGUUACAUCUUCACUGUCCCGAAGGCGCGGUUCCGAAAGAUGGACCAUCGGCGGGUAUUACUAUGGCUACUUCCUUACUUUCUCUCGCGUUGGAUCGUCCAUUGGAUCCAACGAUCGCUAUGACAGGUGAACUCACCGUUACUGGAAAGGUCCUGAGGAUUGGCGGAUUGAGAGAAAAGACUGUGGCAGCCAGACGGGCGGGGAGCAAAAUGAUCAUUUUCCCGGAUGAUAAUAUGAGUGAUUGGUUGGAACUUCCUCCAAACAUCAAAAAUGGAAUCGAAGGGAAACCCGCAAAAUGGUAUUCAGAUGUCUUUGACCUCGUUUUCCCAAACCUAGACAAAGAGGCGGCAAAUGGGUUGUGGAAGGAUCAAUUGGCGAAGAAGGAUAAAUCGGGGAAAAAGAAGAAGGGAGGAGUUGAGGACGAUGAGUGA